GGCAGCCGUUGUUCGUCCAUCCGGUACCGACUCUCCAUUCUCCUGAGCCAUGUCCACGACACUAGUUGCGGUGUGCGCAUUGCUGCUUACAUUUCUCGGUGUUUCCAUUUGUCAAAUAUCCAUGAACAUGUUGAUAGUGAUAGAAGAACCGGAUAAAUCGAUUUUAAACAUUUUGAACGAAGCUCUACCGCAAGCAGAAAAGAAUUAUGGCAACGACAUCAUCUCUGUUCACAUUUCUACAAUAGAAGUUGAACGUUCCAAUACAGAUGCUAGCUUUAAAAAAGUAUGUGCUGCCUUAUUUAAGGGGAUCAGUAUCGUACUCGAUAUGACCUGGACCGGUUGGGAUACUCUUCGGAACAAGGCCAACGAGAAUGGAAUAAUAUACAAACGGGGUGACAGCAAUAUAAACCCGUACAUCCAAGCGAUCGAUGAUCUUUUGAUGUUGAAAAACGCCACUGAUGUUGCUCUGAUCUUCGAAGAUGAAAGAGAGUUGAAUCAGAGUCUCUACUAUUUGAUCGGAAACUCGAUCCUGAGAUUGAUCGUGAUCGACGAAUUCACCGAGAAAACGGUGUCGAAGAUCAAGAGUAUGAGGCCAUCGCCGUCUUAUUACGCUAUCUAUGCCAGUACAGCCAAGAUGGAGGAUUACUUCAGAACUGCCGUGCAAGGAGGAUUGGUGAAGAGAAAUGGAAUAUGGAAAUUGAUUUUCACCGAUAAUAACUACAAGGAUUUUAAAUACAUCAACGGAGACUUACAGUUGAACGUGUCCAUCACGGUUCUAUGGAUGAAGAUGGACGUUUGUUGCAGAUUAAUCGGUGAAUCCCUCUGCAAUUGUCCUUCAAACGUUAAAAUAUUUUCGAAUUAUUUCAAACGAUUGGUAGGCCUCAUCGUGAGCCUGAUGAGCGAACUUCAGGCAUCGGGUGUCAGCGUGGAGCCAAAAAGUGUCAAAUGCUCGUCAAACGCGAAUCAAAGUUCAAAUGUCACGAUUGAGGCGUUCAACAAGAAUAUAGUUGCUAAACUGGGAGGCAACGAUACGUUUGAGUAUUGGCCAGAGAAAGGGAUGAUCACGUAUAAAGCUGAAAUAGAAUUGAAAAUUCUUGAGAAUGGAUUAUUGGAACCGUUGGCCACUUGGACGAGGAAUGGAAAGAUAAAAGAGGCGGAGAAUAAAAAGAUAUUACCUGCUAAAAGAUUCUUUCGAAUUGGAAUUACUCCCUCAGUGCCUUGGAUAAUACCUAAAAUCGAUCCAGCGACUGGAAAAGUUAUGAAAAAUGAGAAUGGAAAUGAUAUGUGGGAUGGAUAUUGUAUAGACUUUGUGAAGAAAUUAUCCGAAGAGAUGCAAUUUGAUUAUGAUCUUAUCAUACCUGAAGAUCGACAAUUUGGCAAGAAAUUACCUAAUGGACAAUGGAAUGGCUUGAUUGGUGAUCUAGCUAAAGGAGAGACAGAUAUCAUAGUUGCUGCAUUGACAAUGACUUCAGAACGCGAGGAAGUGAUCGAUUUCGUCGCUCCUUACUUCGAGCAAUCCGGCUUAUUAAUUGUAAUGAGGAAACCUGUCCGCAAACCGUCCCUUUUCAAAUUUAUGACAGUACUCAAAGUCGAGGUGUGGUUAAGCAUCGUAGGAGCUUUAACAUUAACUGGCAUCAUGAUUUGGAUACUUGACAAAUAUUCUCCUUACAGCGCCAGGAAUAAUAAACAACUGUAUCCGUAUCCUUGUCGGGAAUUCACGUUGAAGGAGAGUUUCUGGUUCGCCUUGACGUCUUUUACACCCCAAGGUGGCGGCGAGGCACCCAAAGCGUUAUCAAGCAGGAUACUAGUUGCUGCUUAUUGGUUAUUCGUUGUUUUAAUGUUGGCUACGUUCACUGCUAACUUAGCUGCUUUCCUUACUGUGGAAAGAAUGCAGUCUCCUGUGCAAUCUUUGGAACAAUUGGCCAGACAAUCUAGAAUCAAUUAUACUGUCGUGGCUAAUUCCAGUCAGCAUCAGUAUUUUAUAAAUAUGAAGAAUGCAGAGGAUAAAUUGUACACGGUAUGGAAAGAAAUCACGUUGAACAACACAAGUGACGAGGUGGAGUAUCGAGUCUGGGAUUAUCCUAUCAAGGAACAAUACGGCCACAUAUUGCAAGCUAUCACACAAGUCGGCCCAGUUGCAAAUUCAGUGGAGGGUUUUCGAAAGGUGAUAGAAAGCGAAAAUGCAGAAUUCGCUUUCAUCCACGAUUCGUCGGAGAUACGGUAUGAGGUAACGAAGAAUUGCAAUUUGACAGAGGUUGGGGAAGUGUUUGCGGAACAACCUUACGCAAUUGCUGUUCAACAAGGAAGCCAUUUGCAGGAAGAGAUAAGCAGAAAGUUUGUUUUUUAUAUUUGGACACUUAAAGGGAUGAUUGUAUCAUUUAUAUCGAUUCUUUGCAGGAUUUUGGAUUUGCAGAAAGAUAGAUACUUUGAAAUGUUGGCCUCUAAAUAUUGGAACCAAACGCAGAAGGCACAAUGCCUGAAUUCUGAUGAUAAUGAAGGAAUUACUUUGGAAAGUUUGGGUGGAGUAUUUAUCGCUACCCUCUUCGGACUCGCCCUGGCGAUGAUCACCUUAGCAGGAGAGGUAUUCUAUUACCGGAAACGGAACACGGAAACGGAGAAAUCGACGAAGGACAAGAAAAGAAAAGUCAAGAACAAGAUAAUACAAAAUUUGACGAAAAUGAGUCUGCAGAUGAAACCAGCGCCUAUCAAUCCAUUCUUCGAAAAGACGAACAAUCCUCCUCGCGUGUCUCACAUUUCCGUUUAUCCUCGCAAUCUCCCUUUCAAAGAAUGAGAAUCUACGAAGAAAGAAAAUUUAAUUGGAAUAAAGAGUAUUAUGCAAUUGAGAUGUAAAAAUUGAAUCGAAUCGUUCUAUACACGAGAAGAGGAAUUUUAAUUGAAAUAAGUAAUGAUAGUUUCAAAUAAAAAAACCGUAACGCAACGUGAAUUGGGAA